GAGGGAACUGGGCAGACCCCUAACUGCUAAAUAAAGGCCCCACUGUGGUUUUCUAAGGGCCACACAGACUUGUGAAGUGAAAGCUCCAGCAGCGGCAGGAAGUGGCCUUUGAACAGACCAGAGAACACGCUGAAGGCUGGGUACACUUGCAGCACUUUAUCCAGAGCCCAGGGACGGCUGCAGUGGUGAGAAGCUCAGAGCUGAGAAAAGGAAGGCCACAGACAUCGAUCAGCAGAGCCAACAUUAGCUUCAAGUUUCUGGGAGUGCUGGCAACGUGCAGGAUGCAGAUGGCACAUGGCAGAGGCUACCUUGCCCUAGUCAUUCUGCUGGCGACUGUGAAUAUCCGCUUCGGAGCAUGCAUGCAGAUCUUCAACUCAGUUUCCAAGGAAGGAAAUCAUCUAAGGCUCAUCUGCACUGUGAAGCAUAAGAUAGAAGAGGCAGAAGGGCUUGUUGUGUUUUUGUGCAAGAACAGAUCCUUGGACUGCUCCCCGGAGACCAGCCUGCAGCAAAUGAGACCAAAACGGAAGCCUAGGGCAGAUGGCGACGGUGAAGUAUCAUCUCAGCUGGUGUUCACCAUAAACCAAGUAAUGCCAACAGACAGUGGGACCUACCAGUGUGCUGCAAGAAGCAAGGAGCCAGAUAUCCACCUUCAAGGCUGGAUGUUUUCCAUUUCAGUGACAGAGACAGGGAACUACACAUUGACAGGACUGCAAGAAACAGGACACCCCACGUUCAGUCACACUAAAAGUGCUUCAGGCUUCCUGCGAGACACAGUCUGGGUGGUAUUGACUACCUGUCUGCUGGCUCUUCAAGCUUUGUAAACCUGCAGCCUGAAGAAUUUUAGGGGGGGGGAGGUUAUAGCAAGAUAAACCUCUUUUAAGCUCGGCAUCUUUGACAUCACAUAUACAUACUUGAGAAAAACAAUAGGCCACAAGAGAAGCUAAAUAUGCCAAGAAUCUGGGGCAUGUAUGGCAGAACAGAUCAAUGUACUUCUUGAACACCUCUCCUCACCGUCAGAGGAAACCUGCCUUUCUGACCUCCUGGUUAUAAGUAAAUACAAGUAAGUCAUCACAAAAGGGGCUGGCUUAGUGCCUUUGCUCAAUCAUUGGCAAAAUAUGUGUAUUCUGUCCUCCAGACUACUGUUCCUCUCCCCUGCCCCGUAAAAUAAACAAAUCAAACAA